AGUCUCAGCAACUAAGUGAUAGAGAGGAGGGAGCAAAGCUGCAUGUGUGUGUGUGGUGUUCAAGGCUGUGUUUUUUAUGAAAAGGAGCUGUAUCUGAUGUGAUGAGUUGUAUGUGUUUAUAAAUAUUGUAGUGCUCUAUGUGUGUGCGGUGCUAGAGCAAGUGCACACCAAACCCAUUCCUUUGCUAAAUAUGAGCUCCCCCUCAGGGGUACAGUUGGCUCCACUAGCCAAAAAUGUUGUAGUGUACAGAAAUGGGGAUCCAUUUCAUAUGGGGCGAAAGAUGGUAGUGAAUGAGAAGCAAUUUUUGACAUUUGAGGCCUUUUUGAAUGAAGUUACCAGCUGCAUCCAGGCUCCAGUUGCUGUACGCUGCAUUUACACUCCUCGUAACGGCCACCGUAUCACUCAACUUGGAGAGCUGCUAAACAAGGGCCACUAUGUCGCAGGUGGUACAGAGAAAUUCAGAAAGCUCGAUUACCUACAUACUGAGAUUAAGCAACCUGCUUUCCAGAAACCCAGAGAAGUGCAACAGGUGUACCCCAAGCUGAACUUCAUAGAACGAUGGAGAAAGGACACCCAGCUACCCUGUGUCAUCCACGUCUUUCGUAAUGGAGAUCUUAUGACUCCUCCAUUCCGAGUACUUCUGUAUCCGGCUAUCCUGAAGGAAUGGGAACUGGUUCUCUCUCUACUGACUCAGAAGCUUAACCUGAACAGUGGUGCAGUCAGGAAGCUCUGUACACUUGACGGAGUGUCUCUCUCUAAUGGGGCUGAGCUGGUCUCUGGAGAAUAUUAUGUUGCUCUGGGAUCGGAGAAGUACAAGUGCCUUCCUUACCAAGAACUUUUGACAUUAAACGAAGACAAGGGUCAUCUUGGUGCCAGACGCAAGGUUGCCAAAGCCGGGGUCGUGAAAGUUCAUUCUGUUUCCCAAGAUGGUUAUAGUGACUCUCCUACGCGGGAGGAUGGCCGCAGGGUCUAUUCCACUGGUGCAGAAGAAAAUCCUAAAUUAUCUAAACAUCCAUCUAAAGGAGAGGAAUCAAUAUUCUAUGCCAAACCAGUCAGAGUUUAUCCAAAACAUAAAGCAAAACUGAACCUGGAGGAUACUACAGGUAAAGAAGGAGUGUUUAAGGUAAAGGAGACACGGCAAGAGUUGGAAGGAGCCAGGGAAGUUAAGGAAGAUGCACACACCCGUGUGGAGUUACCAGUGGAUCAGAGAGUUGCAGAAGUUGUGCAAGAAGAGAAUAUUGUAAGCAGAAGCAGGUAUCCUAGAGAGGACUUGGACUCAAAGUACCACGGAAAAUCCCACGCUCCAAGAGACAGAAAAAAAGAGGAUGUUGCAGGAAAAGUUAAGAAAUCUCAGAGUGAUUCUGACUGAGUUGGGCUCAGAUAAGCUGUUAUUUAAAAAAAACCAAAUCAGUACUGUUUGUUAUCCAGGAUGUUAUUUCUAUGCAAGAGCUCUACAGUGCCAGUGGUUUUUAAAAGUCUUUCCUGAAACCCUUCAAUGUAAACCCAGAUUAAACCACAAACCCCUUGGCUAAGCCACACUUCUAAGGAGAUUUUUAGACAUGCAUUACAUCAUAAAGCUUUUUGGAAAGGUUUUAUAAGCCUGAUAGAGAGUUUACAUUGAGAAAUGCCUGCAAUAACUGUCUAGUACCCUGAUUUGUGCACCAUGUUCAAAAUCUACUCUUACACUCUACUCUUUGUGGAAAAGGAAGCAAAGCCUUGAAAAAUCUACAUUGGCCACUCAGUCUGAGUCAUCGAAAAUGUGAACAUUUACAGCAUACUGCUUUGUUAAGAACUGAUUUCCUUUUCUUUGGUGACCCUAUUAUUUGUUUAUACUGUCAAGUGUAUUUAUAUAAAGGUACAUUAUAUAAACUGCAUAAAAUAA